AUGACGGACGGCACGUGCCUGCGGAGGAGGGGCGGCCCCUACAAGACCCCCCCGGCCACGGAGCUGAGCCGCUGGCGCCUGGCCUGCGAGGAGGGCCGGCAGCGCUGGACGUACGGCCCGGGGGAGGACGAGCAGAGGGCCCUGGAGGCCCACGCCGUGGGCCUGGACACGGCGAAAUACUUCGAGGAGGUGCCCCCCGCUCGCUCGGCCCGGGAGGGAGCCUGGAAAGGCAUGAGGUUCUACUCGAAGCUCCAGGCCGAGGACGGCCACUGGCCCGGGGACUACGGGGGCCCCCUUUUCCUGCUGCCAGGACUCCUGAUCACAUGCCGUGUGACCAGCACCUCCCUCCCAGCUGGGUACAAAGAGGAAAUUGAGCGCUACCUGCGAUCUGUGCAGCUCCCCGACGGUGGCUGGGGCCUGCACAUUGAGGAUAAGUCGACAGUGUUUGGCACCGCCUUGAACUACGUAUCCCUGCGAAUCUUGGGAGUCGGACCUGAUGAUCCUGCCCUGGUGCGCGCCAGGACCAACCUUCACGAGAAAGGUGGUGCUCUUGGAAUCCCUUCGUGGGGAAAGUUUUGGUUGGCCAUCCUGAAUGUUUACAGCUGGGAAGGGCUGAACACGCUCUUUCCUGAGAUGUGGCUCUUUCCUGCCUGGGUGCCGGCUCACCCCUCAACUCUGUGGUGCCAUUGUCGCCAGGUGUAUCUGCCCAUGAGCUACUGCUACGCCAUGCGCCUGCAGGGCCAAGAGGAUGAACUGGUUCAAAGCCUGCGACAGGAGCUUUACCUCGAGGACUAUUCUAGCAUAGAUUGGCCAGCCCACAGGAAUCACGUGGCCGCCUGCGACCUCUACACACCCCACAGCUGGCUCCUCCAGCUGGUCUACGGCGUGCUUAACCUGUACGAGAGCUAUCACCUCUCGAGCCUGAGGAAGCGCGCCGUGGCCGAGGUGUACGAUCACAUAACAGCUGACGACCGAUUCACCAAGUGCAUCAGCAUCGGCCCGAUUUCUAAGACAAUCAACAUGCUCGUUCGAUGGUACGCGGAAGGGCCGGUCUCCUCGGCAUUCCAAGAACACGUCUCCAGAAUUCCAGAUUACAUGUGGUUGGGUCUUGAUGGCAUGAAGAUGCAGGGCACCAAUGGCUCUCAGCUGUGGGAUACAACAUUUGCCAUCCAAGCUUUCUUAGAGGCCGGGGCUCACAACAUGCCUGAAUUUUCUUCCUGUCUAAAGGAUGCGCAUGAAUUCCUUAGAAUUUCCCAGAUUCCAGAUAAUCCUGUCGACUACCAGAAAUACUAUCGUCAGAUGAACAAGGGUGGCUUCCCCUUUAGUACACGGGACUGUGGCUGGAUUGUUGCCGACUGCACAGCGGAGGGCUUGAAGUGUCUUCUUCUCCUGCAAGAGAAGUGUCCUUUCAUCACAGACCUGGUCCCCAAAGAGAGAUUGUAUGAUGCUGUCAAUGUGCUGCUGAGCAUGAGGAAUUCGGAUGAUGGGUUUGCCACAUAUGAGAAGAAGCGUGGAGGAUGGCUCUUAGAAUUACUGAAUCCCUCCGAGGUCUUUGGGGACAUUAUGAUUGACUACUCAUACGUGGAGUGCACGUCCGCGGUCAUGCAGUCUCUGAAGCGUUUCCAGGAGUGCUACCCUGAGCACAGGGCUGAGGAGAUCAGGCAUACUCUCACGAAGGGGCUGCGCUACUGCCAGCAGGUGCAGAGGGCCGAUGGGUCGUGGGAAGGGUCCUGGGGAGUGUGCUUCACCUAUGGGGCCUGGUUUGGAUUGGAAGCAUUUGCGUGCAUGGGUCAUACUUAUGAUGAUAACGGGGAUGCCUGUCCGGAGGUGAAGAAGGCCUGUGAAUUUCUGCUUUCCAAGCAGAUGGAGGAUGGAGGCUGGGGAGAGAAUUUUGAGUCCUGUGAGCAGCGGCGGUACAUACAGAGCGACACAUCCCAGCUCUUCAACACCUGCUGGGCCCUGCUGGGGCUCAUGGUGGCCAGGCAUCCCGAUACAGAGGCCAUUGAGAGAGGAGUGAAGUGUGUGCUUGGAAAGCAGCAGCCGAAUGGCGAUUGGCCUCAGGAAAACAUCGCUGGCGUCUUCAACAAGUCUUGUGCUAUCAGCUACACGUGUUACAGGAAUGUUUUUCCCAUCUGGACUUUGGGCCGAUUUUCCCACCUGUAUCCUCGCAGCUGCCUCGCUGGCAAAAUGAUGAUGUGAAGCCUCAGCACAGGAAGCCAAGGCCAGGGUAGAGCCACAAGCACGGACCGUGGGAGAAGCGGGGUGGCAGGCGGGCGUCGUGCUUGUUGAGGCGCAUUCUGUUGUCACGGUCACCUUGGACUCCUCUGCUGCGGGCCAUCUGCCGGAGGCCUUCUGUGAGAGGGAAGGCGGAACAUCCUCAGAUCCCUCAUUCUGUGUGUCUCAUGCACCGCGAAUCAUGUUGUUUUUGGUAGGACGUGUCUGUCUGCCCGUUGUCUCUGCCCUGCGAGGAUGCGCACAUCUUUGGCGCUGAGAUCCUUGCCAAGUGCGGACUCUGGCUGCCCUGGGUGCCCUCUCUCUCCCCAGAAGAAAGCAGGUUCGUAGGAAUCUCUAGGAGAUGGAUGGCUUGUUGUGGGCGCAGGAACUCUCGGGCUUCUGUGGCACUGCCAGCUUCUCCCAGGAUGCCCCCAAACGUACUCCUAAAAUAGACUGAACCAGAGGCAUCGGGUGACAUGCCUUGAAACCUUCUUUCUUCACGUGUGCGUAGACUUAGUCUAAAUUGUGCCUUUCAUUAACUUUUACCUUACUGAUGUCCAUAUGUCAGAUGUGGCUCCUUUUGGAUACUUGACAUGACGCACCCAAGACAGGUGCCCAGUCUAGGUCCCCUCUUCCCUAUGAACAGAAGCAUCGCUAUUGGCGUGAAUCUUCCCUCAAAGACUCCAUCUUUCCUCUCUCCCUCACUUCUGCCCCUCUGAAAAUCCUUCUGUUGUUUGGCUCUCCCGAUGCUGCCGUGAUGAGAAACUCGUUCCCUGCCUAGGACGACACCUGCUUCCCUGGGGAGCCUCACAAGAAGGAAGGGAAAUGAAUGAGACCCCCUCCCCCCUUAGAGGCAGGUGGUUCUGUUGAUCGCGCUCUCUUGACAGACUGCCUAGGUGGAGUGUCGGGAGCCAGACACGUAGUGGGCGGCUGCUGAAGCCGCUGUCAGGCCCAAGCGGACCCCUGGGGUCCCGUGGCUGCUCCUGGCCUUCCUGCUUGGGCCCAGCAGGCGGUGCUUUAAACAUCUGUUUUUUAACACGUGCACAUGUCUUUAAAGGCCUCUCGGGGGGCAGGGCCACUUUUUUAUAUGUAAGUGAGAUUUUUUUAUAGACGUCUAUGAGACAAGAGCUUCCAGUAUGAUAGAGCCAGUGGGAAACUGGAAGUAGUCUUGUUUCUGGACUCUUCCUCAGCCCUCCAUGAGGCUAGUCAGCCUCCAGCACGAGGUUAACUGGCCAGCGAUGUUUGUGGUCUCUGCUCAUUUCCCUGGCAUGGUGGGUGGUGCUUGGCAUGCCUGCCUCUCCCACCCUGGAGCUGGUAGGAUUAUAGGUCUAGAGUUGGAACUUUUCGAUGGUAGCCCAUGUUCUUGUGUCAGAUUCAGGGUCUCCUUUUAUUAUCUGUAUUUUAGAACCUGCUGAUUCCUGAAUAUCUUUGAUUUUUGCUCCUCAUGGAUCUACUGUGAUAUCCCCCUGGGUUCUCUUGAAUGGGAAGCAGAGGGCACUUCUUCCCUGGCUCCUCCUGAGCUCCCAGAGGGCCUGGUGCCAGGGGAGGAGGUGCUGCUCUCACUGGGUGGGCGGGCAGGCAGAGUUCCUGGGGGGCUUCAGCCCAGCUAGCUCUUCAGCUUUUUCCCACAGGCUCUCGAGGCCACCGAGCUAUGUCUUCCCUAGAGCUCCUGCCGCUCCCGGCAGCCAGGGGCCCGUGGGCGCUGCUGCCCCGUGUGCAGCUCUCCUGCCCCUCCUGGCUUUGGCUGCCAGCAGUCAGGCAGGUCACAUGUUGUCCUUCAAGGACGGCAUUGUCAGCUGGACCUUUCCUCCUGCCAUGGCGAGGGCGGGGGCCUGGUCUCUGGAGGUUCUUUGCUGGGCUGGAGACUUCUUUCGCUGAGGCUACCUUGGCAAAGCUUAUCCUUGCUCCUGAUCUGUGGCUUCCAAUCCAGAUGUGCUCUUCCCCUGCCCCUGCGGUCCGGCCCUUCUUGGUAAACGCUCUGCCAGCGUGUUGUGUCCUCAGCUGAAGCUUCUUUUUGCUCUUGUGCUGGUUUUCUCUCUUUUCAUGCUGCUGUGGUUCAUGCCUGCUGCUUAGGCCUUGUCUUCUCAGCCUUGCUUCUUGGAAAUCUGCAGCCAAUAGGUGUGUGCCUUCCUUGCCUCUCACUUGUCCCAGCACCCCAGAAGCGCUAGAAUCCCCAGUGCCAGGGCAAAUCGCUUCUUUUCUCCCCGAUGCAAAUGUGAUGCUGACUGACCCAUACUGGCAGUGAAGGGGUGGCUUCAGUUCCUUUCUCAGGCCCCAUAGAGCAAUAGUGUCCCAUUAGGUAAUGAUGGGACCCCAACUUGGAGACUGUGCUGUGCAAAAAUGGAUUUAGUAGCCCUGUUGGCCAUUAGCCAAAGCCUGGAAAAGGACCCACAUCUCCAGAGGUUGGGAAAAGCUGAAAAACUGGAAUCACUAGGUCAGAGGUCACACACUGGCUGUCUCUUUCCAGGGAGCAGCUCCCCCAUAGGCCUGUUUGUCCGAGGCUGCACCGGCCUUGUUUUGGCUAUCAGCCAGUCUGGUGGGUGGGGGAUGGUUGGUCUAAGGGGUUUUUCAGUCAGGUAAAGGUGAAUUUCAGAAAGUGGACAGAUUUCUUUUGGAAACUGUUGCCUAUUAAAAUUCUUUGGUGGCAUCUCUUGGGGAAUGGAUCAUACUCUCAGAAAGGUGUGUUAGCUCCUUAUGGAUUUUGGAUUUUUCCACCUUAACAUGAUAUUUCUCUUUUUGUUUUGGAUACACUCGGGCUUUUUUGUUGUUAAGCAGAAUGUGUUUGUACAGGAUGAAAUCCGUCUGUCUGGACUUUUCAAAUCAAAUACUUGUUGAAUGUUGCUAACGCUUCCUCCUCUGUGAUUGUGAUAGAGCAAACAUUCCUUUAGCUUCUGAUUUGGGUCUUGUAUCUUUAUGAUAUUCAACCAUUGGAUAGAACGUGAGCUCCUUGAGGGCAGACGUUGGGUUUUGGCUCCUGGGGUGGGACCCCGUGUGCUUUGUUAAGUGUUUGAUGAUUGAUUUAGAACUGAUCGGGGUAAAAUGGGGUGGGGCAGUGUCGCAGAGUUUUUGCCUUUAUGAAAGGGGCGUAACAAAUGACUUAAUCUCCACGUUUGAGGAUUUUCCUGCCUUUGCCCAAGCCCAGGCUUCUUGAUGGUUUGGCUCUCAGCCUGGCUGAGGUUCCUCAGCACCGUGGUCGCACUCACUGGAGUGAGCGAUGCUGGCUGGCUGAGGGGAUGAUUGAAGCUGGUGGGCAGAGCUGCUUCCCGAGGUGUUCACCCACCUCCACUUUGUCCUCCCUUGGUAUGACUGUUGAGGGAAACCUGUGCUGUUUCUGUCAGUGUUUCAUUGUCUCCCAGUUGGUCUCUGUGGCCUCUGUUUCAGGGCCGUUUCUCCAGUUACCAAUAGGACUUGGAGGCCUAGUGAUGGCUAGCGCCAGAGUACACUGGCUUUUGAAGCAGAUGAGCUUUCCCUUUCUGUCCUUCCUCCUGGCGUUCGUCAGGGCUGACGCGGGGGGGGGGGGGGCUUUGUCCUGGGCUCUGCUGUUAGGGCUACUCUGUUGUGGAGUCUCUUGGCUAUUCUAAAUAAAACGCUGGAUUAUUUAA